CCCCUGGAAGUUCUGAAAUGCCAUUAAUAUAUUAUAAGCAUCGGUCAGUUCCAUUGUCUUCAUUUGUCAUUCUUGAUCGCAGCUUGCCAUGUAAAGCUAGAAGCCUGCAUGUGCCUGGCAACUGUUACCUAGUGACAGUUUCAGCUGCAGUAGCCAUUGGCUGGGCUGUUGAUUGGGGCAGAAGGACCGAGUCACCUUUCUGAUGGGGAGUUCUUCUGCAUCAGCUCAGGAUGGUGAGGAGGAGGUGCAGGGGCUCAGGUGCAAGCAGUAAUCCAGAGAGCGCAACUGUGAACUGAGGAAUUGCUAUAGCCUCCUUGUCACUGCAUCACAGUCAGUUGGACUUCUAAAUCAGGCUGCACAGCAUAGCAGCUGAUUAGAGUGGAUCUAGGUGAGAAGCGCUGCCUUCUUCUUGUAACAAGAGAAACCCAAAGUGAUUCUUUUGGAAUAGAAGAAAUCGGCUACCGACAGUGGGAAAUACGUGGUGAGGAGCAUCCUGUGGAUGGUAGAAAAGAAUAAAGAAUAAGGACUCCCCUCUACGGCUUGGUGAUGUAUCGGAGAAAAGAACUUUAAAAAGAAUGCUUUCUAUUAAACGGCUGUAUCAGAACUAGAGGAUUUAAAAAAAUUUCUAGUGCAUGAAAUUCCGUUAGAAGGCACAGUGACAACUAACAAAAGGACCUCUGAGACGCUAGUACUUUUUAAAGGACUUGAAGCACAAUAUCCGAAUGACCUCAGAGACCUUUCUAUUGGGAUUGCUUCAUCCAGCCCUGUCGGAUUUCCAGCAGUUGAGACUUUAGGAUUUCAAUUUGCCUCGAUGCUUUGGGGACAUUUUAAAACAAGACUAUCUAGUAACCAACCUAAUGGCCCUUGCACUAAUUGAGCAUUUCCUCAGAAUAGAACACAGAAAGAAAAGAAGCAUUUUCUUAACAUAUGGCUGUUGUGUAACUGCAAAUGUAAUAAACGAGGUAAUUUUCCAAUACUGGGAAAGCUAGUUGCUGAAGUAAUUAUUUAAUAUGCUGAUCAUCCAGUGAAGAUAGACAAGGUAGAGCAGCCUAGAGGAUGAAGAUCUGACUGAAAAUAACUGAGUAGUAAACAAUGGCAGCAUUUCUAGCCAAAUCAGCAUUUCAUUAGCACCAGAGUAGAACGCAGACUGAAGUUUCUGUUAUUGUUUGGGGCUUUUGAAAUGAUUCUUGAGUUGUUGCAAAGCUUAUUUUCCCCCCACAGCUGAGGUGUGUCAGUGCUGUACUGAUGCUGAUGAAGAGACUUGAGCAAGUUCUGGGAAGCUAAUCUGUGACAGAAGCAAUUGGCAGUGUCAGCAGAGACAGAGCGUGAGCCACCAAAGUGCAGAGGUUAGCAGAUGUUGGGCAGGUCAUCAUUGGACUGCUGUCAUCCUGGCUACAGGGUUUCUUAAUCCCAAACCAUGAAUGAGUCCAGGUUGACUGACCCAAAGACUCACAACAUGAGCUUUGGGAACAUUUCUGAACAUCACUCCUGCCCCCUCGGAUUUGGCCACUACAAUGCCGAGGAUGUCUGCAUCCUGGAGACAGUUGUGAUUGUCCUGCUGACGUUUUUAAUCAUAGCUGGGAAUUUAACCGUGAUUUUUGUCUUUCACUGUGCUCCACUUUUGCAUCAUUACACUACCAGCUACUUCAUCCAGACCAUGGCCUAUGCGGAUCUCUUUGUGGGAGUGAGCUGCUUGGUUCCCACUCUCUCCUUGCUUCAUUACGCCACAGGUGUCCACGAGUCAUUGACUUGCCAGGUUUUCGGGUACAUCAUCUCAGUGCUGAAGAGUGUUUCCAUGGCAUGUCUGGCUUGCAUCAGUGUGGAUCGCUACCUUGCCAUCACCAAACCUCUUUCUUACAAUCAGCUGGUCACUCCUUGUCGCUUGAGAAUCUGCAUUAUUCUCAUCUGGAUCUACUCCUGCCUGAUUUUCUUGCCUUCUUUUUUUGGCUGGGGGAAACCUGGUUACCACGGUGACAUCUUUGAAUGGUGUGCCACCUCUUGGCUCACCAAUGCCUAUUUUACUGGCUUUAUUGUUUGUUUACUUUAUGCUCCUGCUGCCUUUGUCAUCUGCUUCACUUACUUCCACAUUUUCAGAAUCUGUAGGCAGCACACCAAAGAGAUCCACGACCGAAGGGCCCGAUUUCCCAGUCACGAAGUGGAUGCUGCUGGAGAGACUGGACACAGCCCUGACAGACGCUAUGCCAUGGUUUUGUUUCGGAUAACCAGCGUGUUCUACAUGCUCUGGCUUCCGUACAUCAUAUACUUUCUUCUGGAGAGCUCCCGAGUCCUGGAUAAUCCUGCUCUCUCCUUCCUAACAACCUGGCUCGCCAUAAGCAAUAGUUUCUGUAACUGUGUAAUAUAUAGCCUUUCCAACAGUGUUUUUAGGCUGGGCCUUCGAAGAUUAUCACAGACAAUAUGCUCAUCUUGUAUGUGUCUAAAAGACCGAGACCUCCAGGACCCCAAGCCCAGAAAACGGGCUAAUUCCUGCUCCAUCUAAGGAAAACUGCACAGCUAAUCAAGUACAGUCUGAGGAGAGUGGUUUGAGAUAGUGUUUGGUACAUCUGGGGAUUUUCCACGACAGAAAUAUUUACUUGAAUAGUUCACUAUGAAAUGAUAGAUUAACUGAAAGUGAUUUUUUUAAAAAAUUGAAAACUAUGGAAAAGAAACCUAGGAAGGGAACACACACGAGACAUUUAUCACGUGAAUAUGGUUCCUUUGAAUUUGUAUGGUGGUAAGAGAAAUUUAUCAGUGAAAAUUAAAAAAAAAUUAGUAUCUGAAAUCUUCCACAGGGCAUAAAAUAACUGGCACAUCAAAGCAGGUUCCUCCUGUGUAUCUUUCUCUCUCUUUUUAGGAAGUUACUGCUCUUCUUCAUUUUUUCCCCUUUAGACAAAUGCUGCAUAUUAUAUAUGUGGCAUGUGAUAACCUUUUGCAUUAAAAUAGUAGUCUUAAAGUACAGUGGGCUACUAUCCAUAAACAGGCUCCACAAAGCCUACAUAGUCAAUGUAGCUUAAUAACUAGCCACACAACACCCUUGCAUAUAUUUUACAAUAAUCACUGCUACACAGAUGGUCAUUAAAAAAAAUUAAAAUCAUGAUUUUUUUUAAAGGGGGAAGCUUUUUUCCCCCCCUGUUUAUCAAUGUCUGCUAUUCUAUAGCCUCCUCUAAAUCUUGCCAGCCCUCCCAUUUUUCUUCCCUGAAUCUUUUGGUUCCUUAUUCCAGGAGUUUCUUCGUUAAUGAGGGAACUUACUGUACAAGGUAAUUACAGUGUUAAUAACCUCUUUCUUCCAAAAAAGCAAACUUAGCUGGUUGAUUGGGGGGAGGGGCAGAGGGGAUGAUAUUCAUUCAACAUGUUUUAAUAGCUUUUAGAAACAUUCCCAACCCCCACCCCCGGGUCCUAUUAAAUAAGUUCCAGUGCCUAAUAUAGUAUCUUUUUUUUUAAUAGCUAAAGCUCUUUUUUUUUCUUUUUUUCACUAACAAGGUUAUUCUAAUGCACAUAAAAGAGAUGAACCUAGUAGUGAGAUACCACUCAGUGCUAGUUUGACUUUUUUUCUUUUCCAAGUAAAAUAUUAACCCUUUUAUGUUGGGUCUACUACAUAGCUUACUAUUGUAGUUGCAAGUCCUUUAUGUGAAUCCUGCUUGCAUAUACUGUAUUUUUUAAAAACAAAAAAAAAAUGUAAAUUAUAUUAUGUGGUCUGUGCCUAAUGUUUUCAUAGCACACUGAAUAGGUCAAUGCUGUUUUCAAUCUGCAGGAUUGAAGCAAAAUACACAAAAAAAACAAAAACUUGCUUUAAGAGAAAAAUACUUUUUUGUGCCGUUGUUAAAUAGAUAUUUAUUAGACAAAACUGUGUUCUUGGAGGAGAUGAGAAGACAAUUUACUUAAUUAUGAAAUACAGGUAAGAGCUUCAGUAUUUCCCUUUGUAAUGAUCAGAGAUGAACUAAUUUUGUAAGUGCAUUACAUGGGUUUGUGUAAUAAGUUACCAGGGGUUCAGAUGGGUAUGU